UCCGGUGCCCUUUCUCCCGCGAGCACCUGGGGCCCGGACCCUCGUGUGGAGGUUGCGAUCAGUAAACUGGAGAGCUGUAGAGGCGGGCCGGCACCCCCUUCGGACCACUGGUGCCGCCGGCCUAAGGACCGAACAUGGCCCAGAACUUGAAGGACUUAGCGGGACGGCUGCCCUCCGGGCCCCGGGGCAUGGGCACGGCGCUGAAGCUGCUGCUGGGGGCCGGCGCCGUGGCGUACGGCGUCCGCGAGUCGGUGUUCACCGUGGAAGGAGGGCACAGAGCCAUUUUCUUUAAUCGGAUCGGAGGCGUGCAGCAGGACACCAUUCUGGCCGAGGGCCUUCACUUCAGGAUCCCCUGGUUCCAGUACCCCAUCAUCUAUGACAUUCGCGCCAGACCCCGAAAAAUUUCCUCCCCCACAGGCUCCAAAGACCUGCAGAUGGUGAACAUCUCCCUGCGGGUGCUGUCCAGACCCAAUGCCACGGAGCUGCCCAGCAUGUACCAGCGCCUGGGGCUGGACUAUGAGGAGCGCGUGCUGCCGUCCAUUGUCAACGAGGUGCUCAAGAGCGUGGUGGCCAAGUUCAACGCCUCCCAGCUGAUCACCCAGAGGGCCCAGGUGUCCUUGUUGAUCCGACGGGAGCUGACAGAGAGGGCCAAGGACUUCAGCCUCAUACUGGAUGAUGUAGCCAUCACUGAGCUGAGCUUUAGCCGAGAAUACACGGCUGCUGUAGAAGCUAAACAAGUGGCCCAGCAAGAGGCCCAGCGGGCCCAGUUCUUGGUGGAAAAAGCGAAGCAGGAACAGCGGCAGAAGAUCGUGCAGGCCGAGGGUGAGGCUGAGGCCGCCAAGAUGCUGGGAGAAGCUCUGGGCAAGAACCCAGGCUACAUCAAGCUGCGCAAGAUUCGGGCAGCCCAGAACAUCUCCAAGACGAUCGCCACAUCACAGAAUCGCAUCUAUCUCACUGCUGACAACCUUGUGCUGAACCUACAGGAUGAAAGUUUCACCCGGUGAGAGAUAUGUCCUUCAGGUGGGGUGCUGACACAGAACAAGGGCCGGAGUCUGGCCGCUUGGGCUCUGGGGCCUGUUACCAGCUUACUCGUGUGACCCUUGAAAACACCAUGUCUCUGAACCAGUUAGUAAAGUGGGUGGUUGACAAUUCCUAACUUGAAUCUCACGGGAUUGAUUUUAUGCGAUCCAAUGGGAUUAUUCACGUAAAAAGCACUUUUUAAUUAUAAAGUUUUAAGUGAAAAGUGGUAGAAGAUGAUAUUGGCUGUUCUUCCUCGGGAGCUGCUCUGGGGCACGGAAGGAUGCUAGGAAAGCAGGGCUGAGAAAUGGCAGUGGCCAGGGAGCAAGUCUUUCCAGAGCCUGAGAUUCCUGGCUUCCAGCAUGCUUGUCUUUUUCUCUUGGGAGCGAAGGAGGGUUUAGAGUUGGGUGGGGCACGAGACUGUCAUAUCACAUGUACCUUUCUCUUGUUGUUCUGUGUUCCGUUCAUCUGGUGACCUGGCGUCCACAGGGGAAGGUAAGUUGAUGGUGCAUCCUUGUUUCUAUGGGGUCCUGCCUUUUCCCCACAUCACCUUUCUCACCUCCCCACCCACACAUUCAGGGAGGAGGGUAGUUGAGGGAGUGGCCCGAGGUGCUCUGCCUCUCACAGGUACGUCCCCUAAUAAUGUCACCGUCUGUCUCAUUUCCACAGUGACAGCCUCAUCAAGGGUAAGAAAUGAACCGCUGAACAAGAACUCCACCCCCAGGGACGAAGUGGAUCUUUUUCUUCCCCGGUUUUUGAGGAGCCGGCUUGGGGCCCUACCCCGCCCCCACUGUCAUGUGAUGGUCCCUCUGCAUCUGUCCUCCCAGCUCUUCUCGGAUGAACAAAGACUGACCAUUUUCAGGGGAGUGACUUUCCUCCCUGUGUCGGCCAGGGGUGUUGGGACAGUGUGUGAUUGAUUGCCUGCAGGGUUUGUUCCUCCCUCGCGGUCAGAAGCAACAACCACCACCCCAGAGAUUCUCAAUAAAUGUUUAUUACUCAA